UGACAUUGUAUCAGGGUGUCAUGUUUCGUUGAGGAUAUAAUUGGAUAAUAAAAAAAAAAUUAAUAAAAAUGUCUCAAGUAAUACAUUCAAUAAAAUUGUCGACGUUCUUAAAAGCGAAGAGAAUCCCUUUAAAGAGGGAAGGAAAAGGGAAGAGGGGAAAUCUUAUCUGAAAGUAACGCACUGCCUCUUUGACAUGGACGGUACUGUUUUGAAUUCCGAAGUCAUGUAUCAUAAAAUGAUUGAGAAAAUUUGUUGCAAAUAUAACAAAACAUACACAAAAGAUUUACAGGUCAAAAUGUACGGGGUGACGGACAGAGAGAUUUGCACGACCGUUGUUAAGGAAUUAAAAAUGCCAAUUUCAAUAGACGAGUUUGAAAGGCAGCUGAGCGAUUUGGCGAAAAAAUUAUUGCCAAGUGCACCUCUGCAAGAAGGAGCCGAGCGUCUUCUGACCCACUUGCACGACAGCAAGAUUCCAAUGGCGUUAGCAACUAACUCCACUGCCCAGGCCGUCCGACUCCACGCUACGGCUCGACCGAAGCUAUUUGGACUGUUCCACCAUAAAGUAAGCGUGACGGAUCCGGAAGUCCUUCGCGGUAAGCCGUACCCUGAUAUAUACAUGGUAGCUGCGGCAAGAUUUCCAGAGAAACCCAAGGCGAAACAGUGCCUCGUAUUUGAAGAUUCCUUUGUUGGUGUGAAGUCAGCAGUCGAAGCGGGAAUGCAGGUGGUCAUGAUACCAGACAGUCGUAUCGAUCGUGAGCAAACCCGACAAGCAACGUUAGUCAUACGGUCCCUUCUAGACUUCCAACCGGAACUCUUCGGACUACCGCCGUUUGAUGACACACCGAGACCUUGUUCUAGAAUUGAAAAGUAAAAAUAUUGUUAUUAUUU